AUGUACAUUAAUUCAAUAUAUAGCACAGUUUUGUACAUAAUAUUACUCUCGCGGCACAUCGGAGUAGAUUGUCAAAACGCCGGAACAGGAGGAGGAUCCGGUUCCAACGUUCAGUUAGUUGACCUAAAUGUAGCAAACAAGGAGGACUCCACGGGAAUUAAAUAUGAGAGAGAUGACCAAAAUGAUCGAGAUCGAUUCACCGCUCAAACUGGUUAUUUAAUUAAAAAGGUAGUAAAGCGCGAAAAGACGGUCUUUGAAAUCACGAAUGGAAAAUAUCUCGACAGAGUUAUCAUAUAUAAAGACUCAGAAAAUCAAAGGAAAAUAAAGUUCCUCGCACCCGGAGAAGUAGAAACGUACGAUGAUAUCGGUACGCAACAAGCAUCGCAACCUCAAGCUCAGUUACAGGUACAGGCACAGGCACAGCCUACAGCACAGGCACAACAGUCAGCACAGCAACAACCUAGUUCACAAUCCAUUUCACUGCCACAGACAUAUGCUCAAGUUCAAACUGUGUCCGCACCUCGGCCUAAGCCACCGUCUCAACCAGCUCAACAAACAUCACAAGCUUUACCCCCUUUAGCUGCCGUACAACCACAACAAACUGCACAGACUAUACCUGUAUUACAACCUCAACAGACAUCACAAGCUAUUCCUAUUAUACCAGCUCAGUCAUCUCAAUCUGCUCAAGUGCAGUACAUUGACGUUAACCUUAAGCUUCAACAAAGCACCGAUUAUGUUGAUUACUACUAUUACACGACAGAGGAUGUUCAUAGAUUUGUAUGUAAAACGGGAUAUUUAAUACGGAAGCUAAUGAAGGACGAUAAACUCAUAUUUGAAUAUCAACAAGGUCACCCAGACAGAGCUAUCAUAUUUAAGGAUGAGAAUGGUAAGUCGGCAGUAAGGGGACUAGCUCCAGGAACUGUAGACCCAAAAGAGCCAACAUAUAUACCAUCAUCUCAAGGAAAUGAUCAGCAGACCGUGGCACAACCCCAAAAAGCACAACAACCAGAUCAAAGUACUCCCCAGUCACAGCAAAGUACGUCACAACCACAGCUUAUUGAACUUGAGCUUAACAACAGACAAAGCACAGAUCAGAUAUUAUAUGAAAAAAAUGAGUCGAAAGAAUGGGAAAGAUACACUUGUAAGCCAGGGUAUUUAAUUAAUAAAGUUUUAAAGAAUGGAAAAGUUGCCGGCGAGGCACAAAACAAUAAAUAUUUUAACAGAGCGGUAGUAUCAGGCCCAAAAGGUGAAAGACAAUUGACAUCGUUAUUACCGGAUGACAUUGACAAAACAUGUGAGGCAUUUGAACUAGAACUAAACACGAGGCAGACUACCGACAAAUACAUAUAUAAGAAGGAUCAAGCAACCAAUAGAGAAAAAUAUACAUGUAAAUCAGGAUAUUUAAUAUCAAAAGUUCUGAAAAAUAAUCAGGUAAUAUCGCAGCCUGAACAAAACGACUACUUUGACAGAGCAAUUGUAUAUAUAGACGAUCAGGGUAAAAAGCAGCUUAAGACGCUGUUUCCAGGUGAUAUUGACCAAGACGAUGCAGUUGAGCCAACAGCAAUUCACACAAUAGUUGCCGCAUCGGAAGGUGGAACAUCUGAUCAAGCAUCUGUACCAGCUUUGCCUGCACCGACUCAGCAACAGGUAGAAUCAGGAACUGAGCAAGAUCCAUCGCAACCUGUCAGUAAAACCCCUGCUUCAACUCCUGCACCUCAAACAGCUGAAACUGCUAAACCUUCCGAACCAGCACAUUCAGAUACUGGACAGCAAGCAGCUAUCCCAAGAACAGCGGUAAGACUAGAUGUAUCCAAGACACAAGGGUCAGAGGCAUAUGAGUACAUCAAGAGCGGUAACAUCAACACAUUUAAGCCAAAGGAUAACUAUGGAUUCCAUAUGGUAAAAUUAGGCAAUACAGUAUUGUGGGAGACUGAGGAUCCGAACAAAUAUGCUAAGAGAGUGGAUUACAGCACCAGUAGCUUUACGAAAAUUUCAGAAGUAAGGAUCGAUACCUUUAAUGGAUCGGAGGAAAAAUUCAUAAAAGAAGACCAAGACGCCUGGAAGCCUGCUACUGCGAUACCACUACAGCCAUUAACCGUAAACAUUAAGACUAGAACCAGCAAUAAUCAGUUUGACAGUACAUCGCACGGAAGCUAUAGGAAUUUCAUGGUGAAGUCUGGGUGGGCGUUCAGUAAAGUCAUUGAAUCAGGCAGCUUAGGAGGUGUUGGAGCUUCAGAUAAUGCACCAGCCAUAUGGCAGGCCACCGAUCGCAAUGAGUACGCAGUUAAAAUUAUCAGGGACGGAGCAGGACUUACUCAAAACAUCACAGAAAUGACAAUAUAUUUGUUAAACGGAGAGGAAAAGAAGUAUAAGAAGACAAAUGAUGCAUGGGCACCCCUAGUAACUAAUCAAAAUUAA